AUCAAGAAUUUUACUCAGUUCUGCUUAUACAGUAGCUACUAGUUUGGAUCUGGCAGGAAUCAUGUGUUUAGGCAAUAAUAUAGAUUGGUGAAGAGUAAGGCACUAGGAACAUCUGUAACCCAGUGUGUCAAGCGGUGUGUUUUGAAUGCUAGUACACAUCCGUCGUAUGACAUUUUCUCGUCUCCUGCCGCCAGCUGAUCACAUUUGAUAGUUAAGAGAGGCAAUCCUAUACCACGAAUCACAUAUAGAUUCCGGUUGACGAGUAACAACUGAAUAUUUAAUCUCGUCACGCUUUACAACACUGCAUAAGAUAUUUUCACACGAGUCUGUUAUCAGAUUGUGAGUGACUUAUCAGGAAUGAUAACAAUACUACGUGAGCUGCACUUCUUAAGGGAAUUUUCUUAUCAGAAAUUACAUUGUCUUAUCUGCCAAUUUACAAGCCACCUGUGACAGCUACAUGCUUACACAUACUUCCUCCUGCAACAGUAACAGGUCUCGCAUUAAUCAGGAGUUAAGAAUGGCAGUAAGGGGCGUGAGAGGCUGGUUGCUGCUGGCCGUGGCUGUGAUGGUGGUUGCGGUGCAGGUUGAUGUGGCGAAAGCUGCUGCGUUUCCCAUCAUAUUCCCGUCCCAUGUGGCCGUUUCUCACGGGAAAGCCGUAAGGCAGGGGGCGCCAUCCCCAGCCGUUCCUCCGCUACAUGUCGCCCUCCCACCCAUGGAUUUCGACCCAGCCGUUCGGUGUAUCCUCUGCCCGACCUGCCCACCGUGUCACAUGAUGGACUCUCAAGGGGACUGCCGUCCAAUCUUUGGCUGCAAAAGUCACCGGUAGAUGCUGCUGGAGCCUCAAGGAACCGUGGAGGCAUUGGCAUUUGUAUUCCGAUGGAUGACGGUCACUAGGACAGAAACAGGAAAAUAAAUGUUUUGAUUCAUUAAUAAAUUGUGAUUUGAAAUUCAUAUUUUACUAGCUUAUAUUCUUGUUCUUGAUCACUGUGAUUAUGACGAUGAUAAUGAUGGUAAUUGUAGUAGCAGCAGCAGCAGUAUUAGUAAUAUAUAGUAGUUUUAGCAGUGUUUAUGAUGAUAAUAAUAUACUAAUGAUAACUUGACGAUAAAAUUAUAAUAAUGAAAAGAAGAAAAGUACAUCAUAUUAGAGAACCUCUUCUCGUAAUAAUGCUUUAUUUACUGAAAAAAUAAAUAAAUAAAUAAAAUCCAGUCACUGUUGUUCUAUUGUUAUUUGUUCAUUAUCUGGAUUUAUACUGGCUUCUUUUUCUUUUAUUGUUUUUUUUUUUCCAGAACGAGCAGAGCGAGAUAACGAGUAUACUGCUGAUUUCCAAAAAAUGACAGACUGAACUGGUAUAUUAUGUAAACCAUUUAGUGGGGAGAACAUCCAGAUAAUGAUAAUAGAGAGCCUAAGCGUUGGUGGAGGGAGAUAGUGCAUGAUGAUUAUGGUAGAUUAUUCUGAUAUGUGGCAUGCCUGGUGUAGAAUUCAGAGAUUCAUAUGGUUAUUUUUAUCAUUAUUAUUAUUAUUAUUAUUAUUAUUAUUAUUGUUGUUGUUGUUGUUGUUGUUGUUGUUGUUUUUCCCUACAGAAAAUACUAAUAUGUAACAGAAAUAAUGUCACGUAAAAAAAUGCAUGGACAAAAAUUAGAGGGCUGGAGGUAAAUUGUCUUAUUUAGGUUGUAAAUAGAUAACAGUACAAAAAUUAGAUAAUAUUGAAAUAUAAAUAGCGUUUCCAUUGCAGUACUGUAUAUAACGAUAACAAUAGUUGUCUGUGAAUUCAUGGGUCAGACAAGGUCCUAUAAUAGACUUGUCACGUCCAUCCCCCCUUCCCCCGGAAAAAAAAAAUAAAUAAAUAAAUAAAUAAUAAUAAUAAUCACGUAUUGCAUUCCUGGGAGUGCAUCUACCCUAUGUUGAGAACAGGAUGGUGUAGAAAAUACUAAAUAAAUAUAAGUUGAAGUUAAUAGGCUAGGGUUACUACCAUAGAAGCCCCCCACAAAAAAGAAAAAAAAAAUGUGUCUGAAAUUUGUAUGGGAUUAAAGAAAGCACUGUCUAUAGUGAUGAAGGGAUAAAUAUCAAGCAGGACCAAGAGUAGCAGAGGCCGGAAAGAUCAAGACACAUGAAGACUGAAAGGUGGUAUGAUGGAAGCCUGGGCGGUGAUCUUUUCCGAGCGAGGGCAUAGUGAAUGGAUGUGUAUGCAUGGAGUUACAGAUGGUCUGAGUUCCGCAGCAAAGUGUGCCAGAUGUAUGACAUGGAAGAGGAUGAGACAGUGGAACAUGUGGUGCUGGAGUGUGUGAAGUAUGCCAGAGACAGGAUGAGAUGAUGCAAGUGAUAUUGACUAAGUUUUGGCAUGAUAGGGAUGAAAGAGUGGAGAAAACAGGAAAGGAAUGGAUGGUGUUGUUGCUGGGACUGUGUAGAGAGGCGAAAGAAGGGAUGAUUGAGGCGGUGAAAGAGUUUCUGGAGAGAAUGUGGCGUGCCAGAUGUAAGAACAAUUAGUGUAUAGGAUGCUGUUCGUUUCUCUUUUUCCCUUCCACAGGAAUUGCUGAUACAAAGGCCUGACUCAGGAGCUAUCCUGUGACACCUGUACCAUCAAGAUCAAGAUCAAGACAUGGAGGGAUUGCAAGUUGUGUGGGCGAUAAGAAUGGCUGGAGUUGCCGAUCCAAAGGCCUGGCUCAGGAGUGAUCCUGUGCCACCUGUACCAUCAAGAUCAAGAUCAAGAUCUGUACCAUCAAGAUCAAGAUCAAGAUCAUCUCCAGGCUUUGGUAUCCAACACUGAAGAAAAUGGAUGAUAAUCUCUUACCAGAUACUGCCAACUUGGAUAUGAUAGAAGAAGGUCUCUACUUAGGGAACCUAACAGCAGCUAUUGAUACCAAGUUACUAGGGAGCCUAAGAGUGUCUCACAUCCUGACAGUGGAGUCCAACCCACUCCCCACCUCCAUCACUUCCCUCCCAGGCAUGAGCUUCAUGUACAUUAAAGUUGAUGAUAUGUACCAUGAAGAUCUACUAAGCUAUUUUGAAGAUGCAUUCAGUUUCAUAAAAGAUGGGCAGGAGAAAGGAAAUGUUUUGGUACAUUGCUAUUUUGGAAUGUCAAGAAGUGCUACACUUGUCACAUGUUUCCUGAUGAAGAAGUACAAACUGUGUGUAGCUGAAGCUCUACAGAGCAGCGUGGCUGUAGCACAUCUCAGCUGUGUGGCCGGGGCGGAAGCAGUAGUCGCAUCAGAUCCUUUGCUCUCCCCUGUGCCUCACUGGGUAUGCAGAUGCCUGUGGCUGAGUCAUGCGAGGAGGAGGGACAGGUCGCCGUUCAGAGUCAAAUUAAAAAGACAUUGUGUGGGACCAAAUUCAGGAUUCCUUGCCCAGCUGGCCACAUAUGAAGUAAUGGGGUGGACCUUAGACAGUAGCAAUGUUCAGUAUGGCCUGUAUAAGCUUCAAGCAGCAGCCAGAUCUGUCAUGAUAGGUGAAACCCAGGGAUUAGACUCCAAGCACCAGAGUGUUGUGCAUCCCAACCCAAACAUUGAUGCAGAUCAAGGCCCUGUUGCAUAUAAGUGUAGGAGUUGCAGGUUGUCACUGAUUAGCCUUCAUUCUCUUGUGUUUCACUGUCCAGGUGAAACUCCACUGUGGACUGACCCCAAGUGGUCAGGCAGACUGGCCAAGCUUACACUCUGUGACAAGGGAAUAUUUACUUUCCCUAUCACCUGGAUGGGUGAUUUAACAGAAUCUAUGCAGGGAAAACUCCACUGUCCAAAGUGCCAUGCUAAACUUGGUUCAUUUAGUUGGCAUGAAGGUCACCGGUGUUCAUGUGAAGCAAGGAUUACUCCAGCAUUUUAUUUCAUUCCAUCUAAACUAGACAAGUGUUUCUGAAAUGUUAAGUAUGCUUCUGUUACUCUUAUUUAUGUAGUAUCUCUUCAUCACCAGCCAUUAAUAUUGAUUUAUUCUACUCAUUGACAACAAAUGUAGAAUGAACAUUUUUUUAUGUGAUCAAAGACAACAAACUGGAAUAUUUUCUUUUCUCUGUGGAAACAGUAAUUUUAUGAGCUGCUUAAUCUUUUUGCAUAACUGUGGUCUAUACCUAAGAACUCUCAGGGGAUAGCCAUAACAAGCCAUCUUUUAUUCCUGUCUUUGCAUUACCUCCUUGCAUGCCACUCCUCUCAUUCUCCUUACCAAAGCAUUUCAAUUAUGGUUCACAGGAUUGUUCUCCAAAAUCAACAUGGUAUAGUAGAAGAAACUGUGUACAUUUCAAUUUAGUUCUGCAUCAAUGAUGUGAUACCUAAGAAUUUGAUGAUGCAUUUAUUAUGGAACCUGGGAUGUAUUGCAUUCAGUUAUGGAAGGUUGUCUGAUGAUUAUUAUAAAAGGUUACACAAGCAAUAUUUGAUUGAGACUAAAAUAUUUUAAGUUAUCCCUUAAUGACAGCUAUAGGUCGUAACUUAAUGCAUUUCUUACUAAUACCAGCAGCAUGACAUGUGUCAACUACAUCAGUAACAUUUUUAUACGACUCUGGAGCCUCUUCCAUUACUAGCUUUGGGGAGGCCACCCUGAUGCUUAUUCCUUGCUCUUGUAGUUUCACCAAAACAUCUGCAUAAUCUAAAUUACGCCGGGAUUUAGCUCGUGACAGUGCUCGACCCUGAGAAUAAAGCAAACAUAUAGUACGUAUUAGCGGCCAAAAUUUUAAAUUUACCCCAUCUAAGCAGGAUGACAGCUACCUAGUUGUGAUAAGUCAUCCCAUCAUCCAGAUAGAAUCAAUAUUAGACAUAUGCAAAAUUCAUUAUCAUUUCUAAUAACUUAAAUUAUCCCUUCAGAUAAGUUACCUGUAUUUUAGGCAGAGAAAUAAUAUGGGGAAACAAUAAAUCAGAGUGAGAGGAAAGGAGAAUAUGAGAGUGCAUGGAAAAUACUAUGACAAUUAUGCAUAUUUUAUGUAUAUACAUAAUGUUAUUACAACUAGGUUAAAUAAACUUGUAUUUUCCUGGUGUAAUAGAAGAUGAACAACAAUGAACCUUUGUGCAAAAUUACCACUAUGUGUAAUAAAAAAAAUAUGAGGGAUGAGAGACAAAGGAGGUAGAGAGAUGGAGAUAAGGGUGUGAAAACUACCCCCCCCCCUCUCUCUACUCUCCCUAAAAUCUCUGGGCUCCAAAUCUCUCUCUCUCCUCUUCUCUUCUCUCACCUCAGCACAGAUUGAAGAAUGGUACACCAAGGAAAUAAAUAAUACAAUUUUAACCAAUGCUAAUACUCACUGCUCCAUGGCAAGUAGAACCAAAGGUCUCUGUCAUGCCUUGCUCAGUUCCAGUUAACACAUAGGAACAGGUACCCAUUGUGCCACCAAUGAGAACGGGUUGUCCAGUCAAUUGAUAAUCGACAGGUAUGAGGGGAUGGUGUGGGGGAAAGGCUCUCGUUGAACCCUGCAAUGAAUAAUGUAUGAUUGUAAACAAAGACAUUACAAUUAUAAAACAAUGCACUGUUAUUGUCUACCUUUAUAGUUAUAGCUGAUGGUUGUUUAUAAGAACCAUCCCUGAGAGGGGGUGACUAUGACAUUAAGUCUAUUCCUAUCCCAAUAUUUCCUACUUGUAUGCUCUUAUCCGCUCAAUUCUUCUCUUUCCCUAUUUUCUCCUAUACUUUAGCUGAUGCUUUGUCCUCUCUUGUACCCAACACAUGUACCAUAUUAAUAUAUAAACAUUCUCAUAGUUAUAUCAUUUUUCUAUUUUUUCUUUUCAUGAAGCUAGAUAAUCUUCAUAUGCUGUGCUUCAACACCUUAACCAAUUUACAUUCUGUUCUUUUGCCAUUACCUGAUAUACCAAAGUUGUCUGUACACUUUCUUUGCCUUUCAUCUUCCAUUCUUGUCACACUUCAGGAGCACUUAAGUAAUUUAUUUGCUAGGAUCCUUGACCUUUGUCUUUUAAUCUGCAGGGAAGGUCUAUCAAUACAAUAUAAACUUUCAUCUUCAUUAGCAUUUUUUAACUGCCACUGAAAGUAAUAAAAUCUUACCCAUACCCAUUUUCAACACACUCCUUGCUCUUUGCUACACCAACCUACUCUAUGAAAACAAAACACUCCUCCCCUGUUCCCUACAUACUCUCCCCUAUUCUUAUCAUUCAGCUGUGACUUGUGUAAGUUCAUGUUAGUAUGAAUAAAAUCAUUUGCAUAUUUAUCAACUAUACGCUAUAGCUCCCCUCAUACUUGACAAACUUCCAGUCAACUACCAGUAGAUACUACAGUAUUUCCAGGAAAUAAAAAAAAAAGGUCUGAAAAUCUGUCAUGCAUAAGUAAAGAAAUUGUGACAAGUUGGAAUCACAGAACUGCUCCAUUAUAUCACAUUUUACACAUGACCAACAUUAGUAGCAGCUAUGGAAUAGACAGACUUUCAUCUUCUCAAGAAGAAUAUCAACAUAAUGAUAAAAUCAGAUUUAUCUUUACAUAUUAAAGAGGCAAAGUGCAAGACUAUUUAUAAAACAUUUCACAUCAUGCAUGCCAUACUUCAAAUGGGGAAUUUCUGAGAAGUGCCCAUCACCAGGUGGUAGCAGUGGGGUAUAAGUUAUAAGCAAUUUCAAGUUCUUAUAGAAUCAAUUUACAAACAUAUUAAUGUAUUUAGCAUAUUAAAAACAAAACUACAUAAUUCCUUCAGAGAAGUAACACAAGUAAAACUGUACUGUAUUCAUGAAAACAAAUAAUAAACUUGUUUUUCUAGUG